CAUAUCCUUUUCUGACUUACAGAACAGUUGCAUUCAUUUAAAACUAGUCUAGGGUAUUGAAUAGCCAUGUCUGGUUAAUUUUAUUUUAGCUCAUUAGCUUUUUAUUUUUUUUUUUAAUGUGACCACGACAGGUGGUGGCAACUCCUAGCUCUCAAGUGUGCAAUGCUCUUCUUUGAGUGUCCUGACCUGCCUACUGCUUAGCUGUCCCUGGAUCAAAGCUCAGGAAGCCUCCCUUCUCCAUUUUGUGCAUGACACACGUGUCUGAGCAAAAGCCAGUAAUGGCUUUCAGAGGGUCUGAAGUCACGGGUGUGAUAUGAUGCAUACUUUUGAGAUGUAUCAGCUUCCCCCUUGUGUAAAUCAAAUCAAACAGGGUAAGGUGCGGAUCCUGUUUUGUUUCAGCAUGGCUUGCUUAUUCAGUGGAAAGGAUGCGUGCAGUCAUCUAGAUGGAUGAAACCAUCUUUGAGCGUUUCAAUAAUAUCACACAUGACAGAAAUUCUGAGCUUCUCUGUGUGAAAUACGUCUCUUCCAAAAGAGGAGAAUCCUUGACAGUACUUUCAAAACCUAUUAGGAAAUUGUGGGUUAAAUAAUUACUCUAUUUCCACAUUAACGUUUUCGUUUCUUGCCACUUUUCCAAUUGUGGCAAGAUUUGCAGGUAAGAAGCUGAAAAAGAAAAGUAAUAUAAGGGGGCAGUUGGUUUGUUUGGGGUUUUGUUUGUUUUACUUCUUUAGUGUGUCUUGUCUGCAUCUGACUCCUGGCAGGGUUUUGUGACCUUCAGUGGAUCUCAUCAGUGUUUUCCAUUCAGAGUCCCCCAGGCAGACAGAAACCUACACGGCAGAGCACUGAAAACUCUGAACUGCCCAAAAGGAACGGCAUCUUGCACCAGCUCUUCCUCUUUCCUCCUGUGUUGGUGAACACUGAGGGGCGUUGUUUAAAUCAGGUACUGAAAGGUUCAGGCCAGAGGUUUUCCUGUGCUCUCCAUAGCCGCUGCCCAGUGCUGUCCUGAGGAGAAGCAGUGUCAGGAAGGCAGGUGCUGCCCUGAGGAGAAGUGGUGGGAAGGCUGCUACCCCUUGCCUACGGGGUGUCAGAGUGAGGCUCAUCACAAGGCUUUCCUGUGCUGGCUGCCAUGGAGACCCUGUCCCAGGACUCUCUGCUGGAGUGCCAGAUUUGCUUCAACUACUACAGCCCCCGCCGGCGGCCCAAGCUGCUGGACUGCAAGCACACCUGCUGCUCGGUGUGUCUGCAACAAAUGAGGACCAGCCAGAAGGACCUGCGCUGCCCGUGGUGCCGUGGGAUCACCAAGCUGCCUCCGGGGUACUCUGUGUCACAGCUGCCCGAUGACCCUGAGGUGAUCGCCGUCAUCGCGAUCCCCCACACCUCGGAGCACACCCCUGUCUUCAUCAAACUCCCCAGCAAUGGGUGCUACAUGCUGCCCUUGCCCCUCUCCAAGGAGAGGGCGCUCCUGCCAGGAGACAUUGGCUGCCGCCUCCUGCCUGGCAGCCAACAGAAGUCCCUGACGGUGGUGACGAUCCCCACAGAGCAGCAGCCUCUGCAGAGCGGCCUUUCCGCCGAGGUGGGAGCGGAGGAGCCGGACCGGAGAGGUGCUGUGAAAAGCUCCACCUGGUCUGGGGUGUGCACUGUGAUCCUGGUGGCCUGCGUCCUGGUCUUUCUCCUGGGCAUCGUCCUCCACAACAUGUCAUGCAUUUCCAAGCGCUUCACAGUGAUCUCCUGCGGCUGAGGCGGGGAGGGGGCUGUGCUCCCCCGGGGGUUGGGUUGGGUUGGGUCAGCGGUGGUGGUGAUGUGGAGCGAGACAAUUCACUGCAGCUUUCUCCAGUGACUGCAGGACACUGUGCACCGGGGCAGUGGUGUGCCGGCCCGGCUGCGGCUCCUGGCGGUGUGGUGUCAGGCCUCUUGGCAGCCCAUGGAGAAAAUCACGUCCUGUGUCUGGCAGCAGCGGCACUGAGGAGGACUGCAUGCGUCACCAUAAUCAUUUAUCAAAGGGACUGCAACUUUACAGUGAUCUUUUUUAUUGUGUUAUGAGAUUAAAGACCUCUGUGUAGCUGGUUAUACUGUCAAGUAUACAGUAUGGGUUCUUCUUUAAACACAGUAGAUUAAAAUCAAAACUGCUCCAUGUAGAAUUGAACAAGAACUGGCGUGCAACUGUACGAGGUGUUCAAUACCAGUCCACACGUGUUAUUUUUUAGUAGGGGGAGGGAGGGAGACUUGUAAAACCAAGAAAUCGUUUAGCUGGUAAGGCAUUUUAUAUGUUUUAAAACUGCACAUUAUUAAAUCAAUUAGGGAGUUGUAAAAUAGU